AACAGCUAUAGCUAAUUUCUCUUGCUCUCUCAAUCUUUGUAAUAUGGCUGAAAUAGGUUCAUUUGCAUCCGAAUCAUACUCUUCUGAAAAUAAGUUGAAGGUAGCCCCACUUUACUCCAAUGCUAAUUUCUCUCAGCUAGAAGUGGUAGACCAUUAUGAUGUUCAUCCAUAUUCAGCUUCUGAUGAUGACAUACCCACUAUUGAUUACUCUCUACUCUUCUGUGAUGACCCUAAUAAGCAAUUCCAUGCCCUUGAAUGCCUCCGUGAUGCAUGCCAGGAAUAUGGCUUCUUCUAUUUGGUAAACCAUACCAUCCCUGAUGGAGUAUUUGAUAAUAUAUUAAAAGGAGUUUCUGAUUUCUUUAAUCAAACAACCUUGGAUGAGAGAAGGAACUACAGCAAAAAAUUUCCAUUGGAUAAAAUUCGAUGGGAACUAAACUCCUCCGCUGGGGAAAACAGGGAAUAUCUAAAGGUUGUUGCUCAUCCCCAAUAUCAUUUUCCUUCCAACCCUUCAGGUUUCAGCAAAAUUUUAGAAGAAUAUGGCAAAGAAAUGAGAAAGAUAGUAAUUGGAUUAGCAAGGGCAGUGUCUAAGACCUUAGGGUUUGAAGAACACUUCGUGGAGAAGGCAUUGAACUUGAAAUCAGGGUUUGACGUGUUGGCCAUGAACCUUUAUCCACCCAAUGCCAAAUCCAAGGGAGCCGUUGGCCUGUCUGAACACACUGACCCUGGCUUCGUCAUUACACUUUUGCAAGAUAUAAAUGGUGGUCUUCAAAUUCUUUCCCACAAAGGGAAGUGGAUCAAUGCUUAUAUUCCCCAUCAUGCCAUACUCAUCCAGCUUGGUGAUCAACUUGAGAUCUUAACCAAUGGGAUGUACAAGAGUCAUAUCCAUCGAGUUAUUGUUGGCAACAAUAAGGUGCGAAGGAUCUCUGUAGUGGGCAUUCACGGACCUUCGUUGGACAAAUUAAUCAGCCCUAGCAUAGAGUUUGUUGAUGAAAAACACCCACAGGGAUACCGUGGGAUGACCUACAAAGAAUCCUUGGAAGUAAACGGGGAUGACGAGAUCGAUGUGCAAUCAUCACUUGAGCAAGCUAGAUUAGUGUGAAAAAUUUGUACUUAGGUGUACCCUCUCACACGCACCAAACUUUACUUAAUUUGUUAUAAUAAGGUGUGAAUAAAUUACGUCUUCUCACAUGUAUUCUAUGCCUAUCAUUCAUAUUUCCAUUCUACUAUCCUUUCAUCUAGCUAGAAAUUAGUGUAUUUUUUCAAAUAAAUUUAUGUACUUUAUCAACUAAAAAAAAGCUUUAUCGUA